AUGGCCUCAGAUUUGGAGAGAGACUCCCCCUGCAGAGAGACACUCCCCCUGCAGAGAGACACUCCCCCCGCAGAGAGACACUCCCCCUGCAGAGAGACACUCCCCCUGCAGAGAGACACUCCCCCCGCAGAGAGACACUCCCCCUGCAGAGAGACACUCCCCCCGCAGAGAGACACUCCCCCUGCAGAGACACUCCCCUGCAGAGACACUCCCCCUGCAGAGACACUCCCCCUGCAGAGACACUCCCCCUGCAGAGACACUCCCCCUGCAGAGACACUCCCCCUGCAGAGAGACACUCCCCCUGCAGAGAGACACUCCCCCUGCAGAGACACUCCCCCUGCAGAGACACUCCCCCUGCAGAGAGACACUCCCCCUGCAGAGAGACACUCCCCCUGCAGAGAGACACUCCCCCUGCAGAGACACUCCCCCUGCAGAGAGACACUCCCCCUGCAGAGAGACACUCCCCCUGCAGAGAGACACUCCCCUGCAGAGACACUCCCCCUGCAGAGACACUCCCCUGCAGAGACACUCCCCCUGCAGAGACACUCCCCCUGCAGGGAGACACUCCCCCUGCAGAGACACUCCCCCUGCAGAGAGACACUCCCCCUGCAGAGAGACACUCCCCCCGCAGGAGAGACACUCCCCCCGCAGAGAGACACUCCCCCCGCAGAGACACUCCCCCUGCAGAGACACUCCCCCUGCAGAGAGACACUCCCCCCGCAGAGAGACACUCCCCCCGCAGAGACACACUCCCCCGCAGAGAGACACUCCCCCUGCAGAGAGACACUCCCCCCGCAGAGAGACACUCCCCCUGCAGAGAGACACUCCCCCCGCAGAGAGACACUCCCCCCGCAGAGACACUCCCCUGCAGAGACACUCCCCCUGCAGAGACACUCCCCCUGCAGAGACACUCCCCCUGCAGAGAGACACUCCCCCUGCAGAGAGACACUCCCCCUGCAGAGAGACACUCCCCCCGCAGAGAGACACUCCCCCUGCAGAGACACUCCCCCUACAGAGAGACACUCCCCCUGCAGAGACACUCCCCCUGCAGAGAGACACUCCCCCCGCAGAGAGACACUCCCCCUGCAGAGACACUCCCCCUACAGAGAGACACUCCCCCUGCAGAGAGACACUCCCCCCGCAGAGAGACACUCCCCCUGCAGAGAGACACUCCCCCUGCAGAGAGACACUCCCCCUGCAGAGACACUCCCCCUGCAGAGAGACACUCCCCCUGCAGAGAGACACUCCCCCUGCAGAGACACUCCCCCUGCAGAGACAGUCCCCCUGCAGAGACACUCCCCCUGCAGAGAGACACUCCCCCCGCAGAGAGACACUCCCCCUGCAGAGACACACUCCCCCCGCAGAGAGACACUCCCCCUGCAGAGAGACACUCCCCCCGCAGAGAGACACUCCCCCUGCAGAGAGACACUCCCCCCGCAGAGAGACACUCCCCCUGCAGAGACACUCCCCCUGCAGAGACACUCCCCCUGCAGAGACACUCCCCCUGCAGAGAGACACUCCCCCUGCAGAGAGACACUCCCCCCGCAGAGAGACACUCCCCCUGCAGAGAGACACUCCCCCUGCAGAGACACUCCCCCUGCAGAGAGACACUCCCCCUGCAGAGAGACACUCCCCCUGCAGAGAGACACUCCCCCUGCAGAGAGACACUCCCCCUGCAGGGAGACACUCCCCCUGCAGAGACACUCCCCCUGCAGAGACACUCCCCCUGCAGAGAGACACUCCCCCUGCAGAGAGACACUCCCCCUGCAGAGACACUCCCCCUGCAGAGAGACACUCCCCCUGCAGAGAGACACUCCCCCUGCAGAGAGACACUCCCCCUGCAGAGACACUCCCCUGCAGAGACACUCCCCUGCACUCCCCCUGCAGAGACACUCCCCCUGCAGAGACACUCCCCCUGCAGAGACACUCCCCCUGCAGAGACACUCCCCCUGCAGAGACACACUCCCCCCGCAGAGAGACACUCCCCCCGCAGAGAGACACUCCCCCUGCAGAGAGACACUCCCCCCGCAGAGAGACACUCCCCCCGCAGGGAGACACUCCCCCCGCAGAGAGACACUCCCCCCGCAGAGACACCCCCCAGAGACACUCCCCCCGCAGAGAGACACUCCCCCCGCAGAGAGACACUCCCCCCGCAGAGAGACACUCCCCCCGCAGAGAGACACUCCCCCCGCAGAGAGACACUCCCCCCGCAGAGAGACACUCCCCCCGCAGAGAGACACUCCCCCCGCAGAGACACUCCCCCUGCAGAGAGACACUCCCCCCGCAGAGAGACACUCCCCCCGCAGAGAGACACUCCCCCCGCAGAGAGACACUCCCCCUGCAGAGACACUCCCCCCGCAGAGACACUCCCCCCGCAGACACACUCCCCCCGCAGAGAGACACUCCCCCCGCAGAGAGACACUCCCCCCGCAGAGAGACACUCCCCCCGCAGAGAGACACUCCCCCUGCAGAGACACUCCCCCUGCAGAGAGACACUCCCCCGCAGAGAGACACUCCCCCCGCAGAGAGACACUCCCCCCCGCAGAGAGACACUCCCCCCGCAGAGAGACACUCCCCCCGCAGAGAGACACUCCCCCCGCAGAGAGACACUCCCCCCGCAGAGACAUCCCCUGCAGAGACACCCCCGCAGAGAGACACUCCCCCUGCAGAGAGACACUCCCCCCGCAGAGAGACACUCCCCCCGCAGACACACUCCCCCUGCAGAGACACUCCCCCCGCAGAGAGACACUCCCCCCGCAGAGAGACACUCCCCCCGCAGAGAGACACUCCCCCUGCAGAGAGACACUCCCCCUGCGCCCCUCCACCACGGUCCGGGGCUAUUAUUAA